AGAAAAUCAAGGCGGUUUGUUAUUUUUUUUCCCUCUUUCAAACCAGUUUAUUAAAGUGACGGCAAUCCGUGUUUGCAAAUUUUACCCGCUAUAUCGUUUAAAGAGGAUCACUUUUCAGGUAUCUUCAUCAUCAUGAUCUGUAUUUUGACAGUCCUGCUGUUGAUCAGCUCACUGGUUUCUGCAUCUAACCUCUUUUGCCAGGAUUCCAGUGCAUGCAAAGAUGGGUGGAAAAGUUGCGAAAUUUCCAGUGGUGAACAAUGGUGUUGCAAAGAAUCAAAAUUAAUGUGCGACGAAUCCAAUCAAUGUUUGUUUCUGGUACCUUAUUUGCCGUUUAUCCAACUGAGACCUGGUGCAACCGAAUUUGAGUCAAAUAUCUUUUCAGAAGAAGAUAAAAUAUUUUACAAAAAACAUUCAAGUCGAAAAAGUAAAUCUACACUUAAUCAUUUGUUAGGUUUUCACUGUGAGUACCUUAACAGUCAGAAAGCUAUCAAAACACUGAAAUAUGAGACAAACAUGAAGACAAAUGCCACAGAUAUUAAUUGCCCAGGCAGGAAACAGCGGUGUCCUCCUCAGAAUACUUGCUGUUUGAUAGGGAAGCAAAAGUACGGAUGCUGCCGGUAUACGGAAGCAGUUUGUUGUUCUGAUUUAAUUCAUUGCUGUCCUCCUGACACAGUGUGCAACCCAGAAACGAUGCAGUGCACAAAAGAGAACACGUCUCGCAAAAUGGAGAUACUUCGUUGAAUCUUUUUUAUGUACGGACUAUUUUGUAUUUCUUUAACAAGCUGAUUUCAAACGAACAUGUUAAAACAAAAUAAUAAUAAGAAGAAGAACUAUAUAAUUUUAAAUUUUUUUUAAAC